AUGGCGUGGAGAGGUAGUAUACCAAAACUAGCACGCUGCUUGUCUGUUUCACGAAUUUUGGAGCAAGAACACCUACUCUGUAUCGAUUACUCUGUAUCGAUAGCUCUGCGAGCGCUACAUCCAUACUCGACGUCACCGCCACUACAGCGCGCAGACGAGACUCUAGACGCAAACAAACGAUCGAAACGUUUUAACUUCGUGGCCGAAGCUGCGGAAAUUGCUGCUCCAGCGGUUGUGUUUGUGGAAGUAAGAUCGAGAGACUUCUGGAGUGGACAGUCACUGCGAGCUUCGUCUGGUUCUGGAUUUAUUGUGUCUGCCAAUGGAACUAUCGUGACUAAUGCGCACGUCGUAGCCCAUGUGCAGCAGGUUAGAGUCAAACUUACUAACGGGAAAUCGUAUGAAGGCGUUGUACAAGAAGUCGACCAAUUGGCCGAUUUGGCUGUCGUAAAGAUAAAUCCUGAUGCUAACCUUCCUGUCGCCAAGCUCGGUGUGUCUAACACAUUACGUGCUGGAGAGUGGGUGGUUGCUAUCGGCAGUCCUCUAUCGUUGUCAAACUCUGUAACUGCUGGGGUAGUGAGUACGGUUGGUAGAGCAAGCGAAGAACUGGGACUACAACAUAAAGACAUGGAUUAUGUACAAACAGAUGCAGCAAUUACUAGUGGCAAUUCGGGUGGUCCGUUGGUCAAUUUGGAUGGUGAAGUGAUAGGAAUCAAUACCAUGACGACUGUGCCUGGUAUAUCGUUUGCUAUACCGAUUGACAAAGCCAAGGAUUUCCUAGCAGAUAUUGUCAACAGAAGAACGAGGAGUGGACCACGUGAGCAAAGGUAUGUGGGUAUUAGUAUGCUCAGUCUGCAUCCUGGACUAGUCGAGAGUCUACAGAAUCAGAUAGAAAAUUUCCCUGAUAUCCAGUCGGGUGUAUUUGUGGCAAAGAUAGCACCAAACUCUCCAGCACAAAGGUAUGGUCUGAAUGUUGGUGAUGUCAUCGUCGACAUAAAUGGAAACCCGGUGAAGAGAAGCAGCGACGUGUACCGAUCAGUGCAGGAAAGUAGCGAAUUAAGGAUGCGCAUUCAUCGCGGAAACAAAGAGCUCAUGAUCAAUGUAAGACCUAUAACACUAAAUAUUGGCAACUGA